ACGAAACUUGAGAAAAACACGGAACACGAGUUUCUAGUUUGCAGUGACAGUGUUGUGUGUUGUGUUGACGCACUCACUCUAUCUCCGAUGGCUAUCUCUAUGCAGCUAUGCCGUUUUCCUACAAUUCGCACCGACGUUGCCUUGCCGGAGAGUGUUAGUAGAAUCCGGUGCCGGAAACCCCUUUCCGUCCGGUGCUCCGCUGAAUCCGAUUCCUCUUCUUCCGUGUCUGUGGAUUCCGAUUUCGAUGCGAAGGUGUUCAGGAAGAACCUCACGAGGAGCAAGAAUUAUAACCGCAAAGGUUUUGGACACAAAGAGGAAACCCUCCAGCUCAUGAAUCGCGAGUACACCAGUGACAUCAUUAAGACUUUGAAGGAAAAUGAGUAUGAGUAUACAUGGGGUAAUGUCACGGUAAUGCUGGCUGAAGCCUAUGGCUUCUGUUGGGGAGUCGAGAGGGCUGUUCAAAUCGCUUAUGAAGCUAGAAAACAGUUUCCUGAUGAGACAUUGUGGCUUACCAAUGAAAUCAUCCACAAUCCAACUGUUAAUAAGCGGCUAGAGGAGAUGAAAGUGCAGAAUGUUCCUGUGGAGGAAGGGAAAAAACAAUUUGAUGUUGUCAACAAGGGUGAUGUAGUCAUAUUGCCUGCUUUUGGAGCAGCAGUGGAUGAGAUGUUGACUUUGAGUGAGAAAAAUGUUCAAAUUGUUGAUACAACUUGCCCAUGGGUUUCAAAGGUAUGGAAUACUGUUGAAAAGCACAAGAAAGGAGAUUAUACCUCCAUAAUUCACGGUAAAUAUGCCCAUGAGGAAACUGUAGCAACUGCAUCUUUUGCUGGAAAGUAUAUUAUUGUGAAGAAUAUGGCAGAGGCUGAAUAUGUUUGUGACUAUAUUCUUGGUGGGGAAUUUAAUGGAUCCAGUUCAACCAAAGAUGCAUUUUUAGAGAAAUUUAAAUUUGCAGUUUCUGAGGGUUUUGAUCCAGACAAUGACCUGAUAAAAUUAGGCAUUGCAAAUCAGACAACAAUGCUCAAGGGAGAGACUGAAGAGAUUGGGAAACUAGUGGAGAGGACUCUGAUGCGCAAAUUUGGCGUGGAAAACAUCAAUGAGCACUUCAUAAGCUUCAACACAAUUUGUGAUGCUACUCAGGAGCGACAAGAUGCUAUGUACAAGCUGGUGGAGAGAGAUAUGGAUCUUAUGUUAGUAGUUGGUGGAUGGAACUCAAGCAAUACAUCACAUCUGCAAGAGAUAGCUGAGGAACGUGGAAUUCCUUCUUACUGGAUUGACAGUGAGCAAAGAAUUGGUCCAGGAAACAGAAUCGCAUACAAGUUGAAUCAUGGCGAGCUGGUGGAGAAAGAGAACUGGCUGCCAAAGGGUCCUAUAACAAUUGGUGUAACAUCUGGUGCAUCUACACCUGACAAGGUUGUUGAAGAUGCGCUUAUCAAGGUGUUUGACUUGAAACGGGAAGAAGCAUUGCAACUCGCGUAAAGUAGGUCUGCAUAUAUACAUUGUCACUGUAUAAAUGAAAUAUGGGACUUGAAUCACAUGGUCUAUUACAGUCCCAUGUAUUGUAGAAUUUAUCAAUAACAAGCACAAUGUUAAAUGAGUUCUUACAAAUGUUGCCUGU